UUAAACAUGUAUUUAACACAAAAAGAACUUAAAAAAAUAUCAAAAACACCUACAAAACAAGAAAUAUUAGAAAAACAAAAUCAAAAUACUAUUGAAUCUAAAUUAAAAAAGUUAAAAGAUAAAAGAGACAAAAUUAAAGAAAAAAUAAAACAACAAAUGGAAAAUGAAUUUAAAAUAAUUCACAAAGAUUUAAUAGAAGAAAUAGUACAAAAAAGAAAAAAAUUUCUUGAACAAAGAAAACAGGAAUUUUUAAUAGAAAUACAAAAACUAGAUGAUUUAUAUGAAGAAACAGAUUUACAAUAUCAAUUUCAAAAACCAACUGAAGAACUUAAAGAAAAUUAUGAAUUGGAAAAUAAAAAGAAAGAGGAAAGUAGAAAAUUAAAAAAUAUAAUAGUAAAUUUUCAAAGUCAAAUAAAUAAUAAAGUUUUGAAUUUAGAAAAAUAUUCAGAAAAUUAUAUAAAUGAAGAAUUACAAGAAAUGAAAUUAAAUUAUUUAAUAGCAAUACAUAAUCUUAAAAAAUUAAAAGAAAAUAAAUCAUAUAAUUUAAAUUAUUCUGAAUAUUAA